GGUAAAAUGAUAGAUCUAAGUCUCUUGCCACUUUGUUUCUCUGGUUAGAACAACCAACAACACAACAGUGGUGUACCAUUGUUAAUCUUUUUCACAGAUCCUUGGCUGAUUUAGUUUGAUUAGCAACCGUACACCCCCCUCCCUCACCCUUUCCCCGAUCUUCAUAGAUUUGCUGGGCCUUCCCCCAAGGGAUUCCGGAAACACGUCAUAAAGAUAUAAAUAGUCCAAGAGUAGCCUUCACCUUGUCACAUUCCAGGCUUUUGGCAGAUAUCAGGCACUGAUCUUGUAAAAUACUAGAUCUAGAUCUGGGCUACUUUCCUUUUAUUCUGUGAUGUAUUCAACUCUCUCACAAACACAUUGGGAAUAGUUCAUUAUCGGGAGAUUGCUAUAUUUUAAUGGCAUUAAUAAACGAAUUAUAAUCCUUAUAAGUUUUUGAAAUCGUCAGAAAAAAACACCCCUCAAGGUUAUUCACGGAAUUCUACACUUUGUGUUUACAAUUUGGCAUAAUGGUCGGUUCAUAUUCAUUCAUGGACCAUCGCGGCGAAGUCGAAAGUGAAAGAAGGGACGAUUAUUAGAGAUCUGAUCUUGGGGAGAGACUAGAGACAAGGCACAAGGAGGAAGUCCGACCAGUGACCUGGUGAAGAACUUUUGCAAAAGUGAUUUCAACAAAGCAGGUUGCCAAACGACAAACGGUAAAAAUCUCGGUGUGUCUGCCCAGAGAGGGGUGAGGAGAAUCGUGGGCGCGUCAUGCCGUCUGUGGGCGUUGUGGGUCAAGUGUGUGCCGCGCUGCUUCUGCCGGCGGGCAGCCUGCUGCUGUACUGGCUGUACCGUCGCAGCGCUCCUUCAGAUGAGGAAGUGUACGGUGGUCAGAGGGUGGUGACCGCUCGCAACACGGUGCUGGAGGUGUGUGUGCCGCAGCGGGCUGUGGGCGCUGUCAUUGGCCGGCAGGGAGCCCGGAUUAAAGAGCAGGCAGAACUGCUGAUUCAGCAAGUCAUCGCCGAGGUGAAGGAGCCAAUCACGGAGCAGGUGGAUGUGCCCGGAUACUCUCUGGGCCGGAUCAUUG